CUGCAGGAGCUGGUGAUGGACGAGCGGAACCGGGAGCCGCGAUGGAUGGAGGCGGCGCACUGGGUGAGGCUGGAGGAGAACCUAGGCCAGGACGGCACCUGGGGCCGCCCGCACCUGUCCUACCUCACCUUCUGGAGCCUCCUGGAGCUGCAGAGAGUCUUUGCCAAGGGCACCUUCCUCCUGGACCUCCAGGAGACCUCCCUGGCCGGGGUAGCCAACCAGCUGCUGGACAGGUUUAUCUACGAGGAGCAGAUCCGGCCCCAGGACCGAGACGAGCUGCUCCGGGCGCUGCUGCUGAAACACAGCCACGCCGGAGACCUGGAGGCCCUGGGAGGUGUGAAGCCCAUGGUCCUGACACGCUCUGGGGAGCCUGCUGAGCCGCUGCUCCCCCAACAGCCCUCGUUAGAGACGCAGCUCUUCUGUGUGCAGGGAGAGGGCGGCAUGGAGGGACAGUCGCCGUCGGGAGUUCUGGAAAAGAUCCCCCCGGAUUCGGAGGCCACCCUGGUGCUAGUGGGCCGGGCCACCUUCCUGGAGCGGCCGGUGCUGGGCUUCGUGCGGCUGCAAGAGGCGGCGACGCUGGAGGCCUUGGAGCUGCCUGUGCCUGUGCGCUUCCUGCUCGUGUUGCUGGGGCCGGAGGCUCCCCACACCGACUACACCCAGCUUGGCCGUGCUGCAGCCACCCUCAUGUCAGAGAGGGUGUUCCGCACGGAGGCCUACCUGACCCAGAGCCGGGGGGAGCUGGUGCACUCCCUGGAGGGCUUUCUGGACUGCAGCCUGGUGCUGCCGCCCACAGACGUGCCCUCCGAGCAGGCCCUGCUCAGCCUGGUGCCUGUGCAGAGGGAGCUGCUUCGGAGGCGCUACCUGCCCAGCCCGGCCAAGCCAGACCCCAGCUUCUACAAGGGCCUAGACUUGAACGGGGGUGCUGGGGCCCCCGGCGAACCAGAGGACCCUCUGCGGCGGACAGGCCGGCUCUUUGGGGGCCUGGUGCGUGACAUCCGGCGCCGCUACCCCUACUACCUGAGCGACAUCACGGACGCGCUCAGCCCCCAGGUCCUGGCCGCCGUUAUCUUCAUCUACUUUGCUGCGCUGUCCCCCGCCAUCACCUUCGGUGGCCUCCUGGGAGAAAAGACCCGGAACCAGAUGGGGGUGUCGGAACUGCUCAUCUCCACGGCGGUGCAGGGCAUUCUCUUCGCGCUGCUGGGGGCUCAGCCUCUGCUUGUGGUUGGCUUCUCCGGACCCCUGCUGGUGUUUGAGGAAGCCUUCUUCUCGUUCUGCGAAAGCAACAACCUGGAGUACAUCGUGGGCCGGGCGUGGAUCGGCUUCUGGCUCAUCCUGCUAGUGGUGCUGGUGGUGGCCUUCGAGGGCAGCUUCCUGGUCCGCUUCAUCUCGCGCUACACCCAGGAGAUCUUCUCCUUCCUCAUCUCCCUCAUCUUCAUCUACGAGACCUUCUCCAAGCUGAUCAAGAUCUUCCAGGACCACCCACUGAAGUUGGAAUACAAGCACAAUGUGACAAUAACGCCCAAACCUCAGGACCCCCUGCCCAACACUGCCCUCCUCUCUCUUGUGCUCAUGGCUGGCACCUUCUUCUUUGCCAUGAUGCUGCGCAAGUUCAAGAACAGCUCCUACUUCCCCGGCAAGCUGCGUCGGGUCAUCGGAGACUUUGGGGUCCCCAUCUCAAUCCUGAUCAUGGUCCUGGUGGAUUCCUUCAUCCAGGACACCUACACCCAGAAACUCUCGGUGCCCAGCGGCCUCCAGGUGUCCAACUCCUCGGCCAGGGGCUGGGUCAUCCACCCGCUGGGCUUGUUCUCCCCAUUCCCCAUCUGGAUGAUGUUUGGGGCCGCCCUGCCAGCCCUGCUGGUCUUCAUUCUCAUAUUCCUGGAGUCUCAGAUCACCACGCUGAUCGUCAGCAAACCGGAACGCAAGAUGAUCAAGGGCUCCGGCUUCCACCUGGACCUGCUGCUGGUCGUGGGCAUGGGCGGGGUGGCCGCCCUCUUCGGGAUGCCCUGGCUCAGCGCCACCACUGUGCGUUCUGUCACCCAUGCCAACGCUCUCACCGUUAUGGGCAAGGCAAGCAGUCCGGGGGCUGCGGCCCAGAUCCAGGAGGUCAAGGAGCAGCGGAUCAGCGGGCUCCUGGUCUCUGUGCUCGUGGGCCUGUCCAUCCUCAUGGAGCCCAUCCUGUCCCGCAUCCCCCUCGCUGUGCUCUUCGGCAUCUUCCUCUACAUGGGGGUCACAUCCCUCAGCGGCAUCCAGCUCUUUGACCGCAUCUUGCUUCUGCUCAAGCCACCCAAGUACCACCCGGACGUGCCUUUCGUCAAGCGGGUGAAGACCUGGCGCAUGCACUUGUUCACGGGCAUCCAGAUCAUCUGUCUGGCCGCGCUGUGGGUGGUGAAGUCCACGCCCGCCUCACUGGCCCUGCCCUUCGUCCUCAUCCUCACUGUGCCCCUGCGGCGCCUCCUGCUGCCCUACAUCUUCAGCAACCUGGAGCUCCAGUGUCUGGAUGCCGACGACGCCAAGGCCACCUUUGACGAGGAAGAAGGUCGGGACGAAUAUGAUGAAGUGGCCAUGCCUGUGUGA